ACAAAGAGCACUUGAGGGAGAAAGAGAAGCUGGAGAUGGAGCUGGCAGCUGUGCGCUCUGCCAAUGAGGACCAGAGGAGGCACAUCGAAAUCCUUGACCAGGCCUUAAACAAUGCGCAAGCGAAGGUCAUCAAACUGGAAGAGGAGCUGCGGAGGAAGCAGGCCUACGUGGAGAAGGUGGAGAAGCUGCAGCAGGCGCUGACCCAGCUGCAGGCGGCCUGCGAGAAGCGGGAGCAGAUGGAGCGGCGACUGCGCACACGCCUGGAGCGGGAGCUGGACUCGCUGCGGAUGCAGCAGAGGCAGAGCAGCUACCAGACGAGCAGCCUCCCGGAGCACAACGCUCCGGCCCUUAUGGAGCUGGUACGGGAGAAGGAGGAGAGGAUCUUGGCCCUGGAAGCUGACAUGACCAAGUGGGAGCAGAAGUACCUGGAGGAGAGUACAAUCAGGCACUUUGCCAUGAAUGCUGCAGCUACCACAGUGACAGAGAGAGACGCCUCGGCCCCGAGCCACUCACGCAACGGCAGCUACAGUGAGAGCACGCUGGAGGUGCGGGGCUGGCAGGAGGAGGAGGAGAUCGUGCAAGCCAACCGGCGCUGCCAAGACAUGGAGUACACAAUAAAGAAUCUCCAUGCAAAAAUAAUUGAGAAGGAUGCCAUGAUCAAGGUCCUUCAGCAGCGGUCACGGAAAGACCCUGGGAAAGCUGACAGUGCCAGCCUCCGACCGGCUCGGUCCGUCCCCUCCCUCGCCGCUGCUACGGGCACACAUUCACGCCAGACCUCACUCAGCAGCAACCAGAUAGCUGAGGAGAAGAAGGAGGAGAAGACCUGGAAGGGAAGUAUAGGGCUGCUCUUGGGGAAGGAGCACCACGACCACCCAUUGGGCUCCUCACUGCCUCCUCCGCUGCCCUCCUUGUCCUGCAUGCCUGUCCCGGUGCCGGCACCCUCCCACGUGAAGACCGGCAGCAAAGACAGCAGCACCCAGACGGACAAAAGUACUGAGCUCUUCUGGCCGGCCACCGCCUCCUUCCCUGGCCGCGGACGGCUGGGCACCACCCCAUCACACAGCCCGGCCCCACGGCCCCCGGGGACACGAGCAACCAGCGAGAAACUGGAGAACUCAAGCCACGGGAAGCUGCCCGACAGCAAAGGCCGAGUGAGCAGCUUGCUCCACAAGCCUGAGUUUCCAGAUACGGACUUGAUGGAAGUCCUCAUCUGAGUAGAGGGUGGCAUCUCUGGGGUU